GUGAUGGGGAUAAGCACUGGGCUUCUAGUAGCAGGUAGCAUCGGAGCUACUGCGAUUGCAAUUACAGCGGCGAGUGUGCCAUUUGUGAUUCCUGGCCUGCGGAGGGUAUGUUUGCCAUAUGUACCAGCCACGUCACGUCAGUUGCGCAAUGUAUCUGUUGCUCUAUCGAGAUCUCAUUGUCGUUCCAAUAGCAGAUUGAUGAAGAUGCCAAUAGUGGAUCUGGGUAGUGGCGAUGGGCGAGUUGUAACGAUGAAAUUCGGUGAACAGCUCGCUAGCCACUUGACACCAGAAUGGCGUAAACAAUAUAUCCGAUAUGAAGAACUGAAAUCAUUGCUUUACGAUAUGAUGGCUGAAGUGCCGACCGAAGAAGAUAAACGCGAGCAGUACAUCGCUCAGAUGGAUGAGAAAUUCUUCGGGGAAUGCGAACAAGAAUUAACAAAAAUCAAUCUUUUCUUCAGUCAAAAAAUUGCAGAAGCACAAGGCAAAUACCAUGAAUUGAACAGUGAAUUGAUGGCCUUCAAAGAGUUCAUGUGCUCAACCGACGGUGAACAAUCGCGAAAAUUCACAACUAACCUACGAAAUCGUUUCGCAAGACGACGAGUCAGUGCGACCAAACAUGUCAGCCGUGAACGUGCAAAAACGGCUCAACAACUCAAAUUGGCAUUCUCUGAAUUUUAUUUGGCAUUAGUGCUCGUUCAAAACUUUCAACAACUGAAUGCAACUGGCUUCCGAAAGAUCUUAAAGAAGCAUGAUAAACUGAUGAUGAAUGAACGUGGUCUUGAUUGGCGUAUCAAUAAAGUGGAAAAGUCGUCAUUCUUCUUGAAUCGUGAAAUCGAAACUCUUAUCAGCAGUGUUGAAACGAAUGUGAUCAAUGAUCUAGAAGAUGGUAAUCGCCAAGCCGGAAUGAAACGUCUCAAAGUACCGCCGUUAAGUGAAAAACAACAUGCUACAACUACUUUCUCAUUAGGACUCUUUCUGGGAGCAUUUAUUGUACUUGCUAUUGCUAUACUAUUGACUUGGUUCAGUGUGGAUGUCCGCCCAAGUGAACCUAAAUGGGUGGCAGUGCGGUUAUUCCGUGGUCUUAUUCUUUUCUUCAUGUCUGUUUGGCUGUGUGGUUUGAACAUGUAUGGUUGGGCAGCAGCUGGUGUUAAUCAUGUGCUAAUAUUCGAAGUCGAUCCUCGUAAUCAUCUUACUUACCAGACAUUAAUGCAGAUCUCGUCGUUCAUGUGUAUGUUGUGGGCUAUUGGUGUAUUGGGAUAUUUAUAUGCACACCUCAUCAAUCUACCACCAUUCCUUUUUCCAAUGCUCUUAAUGAUUGUUUGCGUAUUCAUUCUGUUCAAUCCACUUAAGAAGCCUGAUAAAAUAUUCCGACGAAAUAGUCGCUUCUGGCUUCUGAAACACUGCUUCAAUUGUUUCUCAGCGCCUCUUCAUUUCGUCACAUUUCCAGACUUUUGGCUUGGCGAUCAGAUGAAUUCAUUAACGACUAGUUUUCUUGAUUUACAAUACUUUGUGUGCUUCUAUGCGACUGAAAUUGAUUAUUCGGGAUGGACGAUGACCGUACGUACGAUCAAUUUGACAUCAGAUGAAGCAGUGCCGUGGGGUUAUGUUGAUAUAAAUACAGGUCGUGAUAUGUGUACAAGCGCUUCUGGUGUUCGUGCGCUGGUUAGUAUCAUACCGGCUACUGUUCGUUUCAUGCAGUGUUUACGUCGUUUUCGUGACACGCAUCGUGCUCAUCCACAUUUGGUUAAUGCCGGAAAGUAUUUUACCACCUAUUUAGUGAUCAUUUUCAAGUCGCUUAAUCACUGGGCUGAAAAAGGUGAUCCAUCAGCCACAAGUAUAUUCUUCUAUCUUUGGAUUGCAGCCUACAUCAUCAGUUUUACCUAUACAUUUCUAUGGGAUGUGUUCAUGGAUUGGGGUCUCAUUGAUCCACGUGCUCCAAAGGAUUCACCUUUUCUUCGCGAAGAGAUGAUAUACGGUAGUAAGUGGUAUUAUUACGCGGCCAUCGUACAAGACUUUGUGCUCAGACUAUCGUGGGUGUUGAAUGUCUCAUUGGGUGAGGCAUGGACAUUAGAUUCCGAUUUAUUGACGUGUAUAACAGCACCGUUAGAGAUAUUCAGACGGUUCAUUUGGAACUAUUUUCGGCUCGAAAAUGAGCACGUUAACAAUUGCGGUCAGUUUCGUGCUGUACGCGAUAUAUCCGUGAAACCGAUCAAGAAAGGUGAUCUUGAAUCAUUAUUGUGCAAAAUGGACCAGCAAGAUGGUGUUACGCAUCGAGGCCAAGAUCUCAGAGAUCGCGUUAAGAAGCAGAAGAAAGCCGCUAAAAGUAAACGUCAAAUUCUCAAAAAAACACUCAUACCACGAAUAGCCUUAUCAACCAAUCCAAACAAUUCUUCUGUAUUACAAUGUGCUGCUAUGGGAUAUGAAAGUGUAGGUCUUGAGUUGAAUACCUUGCUCGUGUUGUACUCGAAAUAUCAAGCACACCGCAAACAUCUAUCGCAUUUGGCGAAAUUUCAUCGCAAAGAUAUUUUCAAAGCUGAUCUGUCUCAGUAUCAGUCGGCGGUGGUCUUUGGAGCCGAACUUUUGAUGGAUGAUUUAGUGCCAAAAUUAGAUGAAAUGUUAACUGAUUCGUAUCUGAUUGCAUGCCGAUUCCCGUUACCACCAAAAACUCGAUGGGUAUUGAUUUGUAAAAUUGGUGAUGGUAUUGAUUCGGUAUGGUUGUAUCGGAAAUGCGAUCAUGUCGUUGCUAAUGAAAGUGUCAGUUAUAAUUUCAGACGUUUUAUGCUACGAUAUCCACAAGGCUAUCUUUAUAUUGCACUCGGAAUUUGCUCAACCGGAAUGGUAUUUCCGGUAUUUAUUUGGAUGUACAAAGCGUUCACGAUGAAUAAAGAUGAAUUCAUCGACUAUCGCAACCAGUAUAAUGCGGUUGUGCUAGAUCGACAAAAAUACGGUAUUUGUUCAGCGGAGCUUUUUUGA